GGGCGGGGGACGGGAGCGCGGCAGGAGGCGUGGGCCGUGACGUGGCCGCGCCCUGACGUCAGGCCGACGUGCAGCGCGGUUGCCCGGGAGAUGGGGAAAGCCGUCUUUCCUCCCCCCGCCCCCGGCGGAGUCCAGGUCUAGGUUAUUUUGCUUCAGAGCUCUCCCAGCUUAAUUUUGAAAAUUAUGGAUCGUCACAUUCCCAUGCAUGCUUUACCUGAAGAAAUCCAGAAGAUGUUGCCUGAGGAAAAAGUUUGUAAAUACUGUGGAGUCAGCUAUCUAAUUCUUCAUGAAUUUAAGGCUAUGGAAGAAAAAGUGAAAGCAAUGGAAAAAGAGUUGAAAUUUUAUCAAGGAAGUAUAGAACGUGAAAAGAGACUUCAAGAAAAGCUACAGUCUCUGAGCCAAGACUUCGAACAGUACAAAAUUGACAACGAAUCCAAAACAGAAAGAAUUCUAGAUGCAAACAUGCAGUUAAAAAGUCAACAAGAUGAAUGCCAGAGAGUUCAGAAAGAAUUGAAUCAUUUGCAACUUGAGUUAAAAACUAAACAUAAACAAUCACAGGUCUUCAGUCAGAGAUCGCUGGAAUACAAAUAUUUCUGGAAUAAGACUCUUUCUUUACUUGCCUUUACUAAAAGAGAGUUAACCACUAUUAAAAAUGAAGUGUAUGAUAAUUUUCAAAACUGGACUUUGCUGAAAGGAGAAGUUUUUCUACAAAUUAAAUCUAUAAGUGAAACGGCCUUGACAGAAAUAGACAGACUAAAUAAAAGCCUGACAAUGUCACAGAGAAGUAAGUUUUGCCUUGAAGAGGAAAUGAAAAACCUGAGAUUGUUGUCAGAUGCAGCUCUAUUGAGGUCUCAGCAGAUCGAGACAUCGAAACAACAGGAAGUGAACCUGCAGGCCAGAUGCCAUGAGUUUCAAAAAGAAGUACUAGAUUUGCAAUGUCAAGUAGAGGGACUUGCCUUGAAACUUCAGAGGGCAGUGACCGAGCUGGACAACUGUAAAGAAGUGCUCAUGAAUAAAUCUAAUGAAGCUGAUGAUUGUCAAAGAAAACUUAGAAAACUCAAGUUUGAAGCCGUUAUUUCUGAAUCACGGCACACGAGGCUACUUAAAGAAAAAGAAGAUUCUCUAGUGAAUUGCCAACAAAUAUAUAAAGUUCUGCAGGAACAACUGACUGCCAAAGAGAAGCAAGAAGAAGACAUGAAAAAAAGAAUUAACCUUGCAGAAAACGAGCUGGAGAUGACCAAAAGUCUUCUUAAUCAGACAAAGGAAGAGGUUGUAGCGCUGAAAAAUGAAAGGGAUUUGAUGCUGAUUUCACAUCAGAAAAACAUUGAGCAGCUGCAAGAAACCCUCAGACAGAAGCUACUGAGUGACGAGAACUGGAGGGAGAAGAUUGAAGCUGAACUUGCCAAGGAAAGAGCCCAACAUUUAGUUGAGUUUGAGGAACAAGCUCUUCUCUUUAAGGAAGAAGCAAAACUGGAACUUGAUAUUGAAAAAGAAAAGCACCAAGAGCUUAUCCGGAAGUAUAAGAAGGAACAAGAAGAACUACAAAUGAAGGUGUCAGACUUAAUCGCAAGUGCCACAAGAGAUCUAAAGCUGGAAGUGACCAACCUCGAAGAGAAACUCCGAGAGUCCCAUAUCCAAUACACUGAACAAUCUGAAGAGAAGCAAAAAGAAAUUGAAAACCUUAAAAUCUUGGUUGCAGAAUUUGAAUCUCGCUUGAAGAAGGAAGUUGACAGUAGUGAUUCACUUGCAGAGGACCUGCAGAAGGAAAUGAAACAGAAGUCAGAUGAACUGGAAAGAGCCAUGCUGGCGCAGACCCAACUGAUGCGGCAGUUGCAGCAGUCCCGGGAAGAGAACACGUUUCUUCAAGAGACAGUGCGCAGAGAGUGUGAGGAGCGCUUUGAACUGACAGAGGCCCUGAGUGAAGCCAAAGAACAGCUCCUGGGGCUCAGAAAGCUCAGUGCAAGUUUACCUCUGUCCCCGUGUUCCCCGGGCAAGGGCAGCCCAGACGCCUGCCCUGGAAGUCACAGAGAGAGAAGCCUGGUAAAGCUCAACGCCGAAAGCGGAGUCCGCAUGCCCCGCCUGCAUGGAGUAAGCAAACCCACCAGGGCCUCGGCCUCCGAAAACCCCACGAGGGCCAGCAACUCAGGCUUGCCGCUUCUGCCCCAGCCUCCCAGGGGCCAAGCACUUUCGGUCAACGAGACCAGGCGGAGACUGGCUGCCAUGCUGCGGAGGCGGCUUAGUCAGCAGUGAUGGAUCUGGUAUCCAGAGCAGCUCCGCCCAGGACGCACGCACUCUGGCGGGGUCCCAGGGACUCCCUGUAACUGAGAAGGACGGAGAUCAAAUAGGCUCACAUGUUAGGAAUGUACGUCCGUGCCUAUAUUUAACAAAAGAAUGUAAGAAGCCAGAAAACUGAAGGCACAUUUCCCAAGAAUCGACUGAACUUGAAAUUUCGGCAAUGAAUGUAUUGGUCUUCCA